CUUCCGGCCUGGUGAAUGGUACCAUCCGGGCCGGGGAAGCGGCAGCUUAGAGCAGUGAAUGACCUUCUCCGUGGAGGGGGUGGCCCAGACCGGAGAGGCAGGGAGUCGCUGGUAGGGGCAACCCGCGUGGGGCGGGGGAGAGGCAGAAAGUUCCCGCCCGCGCCAGUCACAUGGAAUGUUCCUCCCCCGGCAGGGGAUGGUACGGUCCUGCCAGCGCGUCCCGUUGCUAGGGCACGGUCACGUGCACCCUCAUGCCCCCGGAGCGGGACGCGGGAGCCGGAGCCCUGGGCGCCGAUUAAUCGGAAGCUGCCAUGGCCGAUGUAGUCGGGACGGGAGAGGAAAUAGGAGCCAUUUUGGUCCAGGUUCAAGAAGACCUUCACCAGCUUAAGGACAAACUGACAAGCAUCAACCUUGAACAACGUGGAGAGGGUGUGGAUGUUCACGUUCUUGAAACAGCCAUUGAAAGAACUGAAAUCGGGCUGAGAAAACAUGCUGAGAAUUAUUUAAAUGCCAUAAAUAGAAGUGUGUUGACUAUUCCCUAUACUGAUGAAAAAGAAAGAUACUCAGAACAGCACCCCAAAUGGAGGCUUCCUAUUGGUGCUGCUCAGAAGCAGUUUAUUUUUCCACGGGUGCCUGUUAAACCUCUGAUUACCCAGCCGUGUGGCAGAUCAGCAGCACGUAUUUCUCCAGGUUCGCAGCACAAGCUUGCAAUGAAAGUGAAAAUCAUGUAUGAUCCAGGCGACACCAGUAAUAGAGUUCUUUUAAAACAGAACUAUGGAAUCAGCUUGCCACUUAUUAAUAAGAGAAAAUCAGCUCCUGUAUGCACUCAGAAGAUAGUGAAAGGCCCUACAGUUGGUAACCUCUCGACUUUGCCUGCCUCUCAUCAGAUGGAUGCUCCCUUACCUAUAUUAGAAAGAGAUGCAAGGAAAGGUAUUCUGAAUCUAAUUGAGCGAAGGCUAAUCCCACCAGCAGCAAAGAUUACACUUGAGUCACCUCCUGUUGUACUCAAAGCAGCUCCUCUCCAUGAAUUUCGCAAACAGCACAAGAAGCCAGCUGUAGGAGGGAUUGGUAGCAAGGUGGACUUUGCUGGUACAGACAUCUUUCCAGACUCACAGAGGGGUCCCGAUGACUCGUAUUGCUCAGACAAAGGUAGCAUUGCUCCACCUCCAUCCAGCAGCUCCAUGGCUUCAGCUAAGAAAUCAAAGCAAUUAUGGACACAACCAGCUCAAGGACUGGAGUUGAUAAAUUGUGCUUCCCCUCUUCCAAAGAGCCCACAUAUGAUGCCACCUCAGCCUUUACAGAAUACGUUUUUGGAUUAUGAUAUAACUAUUUACAAUGGCACUAUAGAUCAUAAGGCUCCAGAUUUCCUGGCAUUCAAGCAGCACUGUUGUUUAUCCUGGGGAAGUAUUCUUUCUUUCUUGGAACAUGUUGAGAAACUACUCAAGGACUACGCUGUACCAUUGGCUAUAAUAAAGGGUAAGAAAUUGAUGGAGCUCAUAUCGGACUUUGAACUUAACCAGAGGCCAACCAGAGAUGACCUUCUGUCGGUGAUAAAGAACCGGACAACUGUGAAAAGGAUCUUAAAUCAACCUGGCCAGAGAUACAAAGGGCAACAUGGUACUGAAAUGGCUGCCACAAGGAUCCAAGCAACAUGGAGGCGCUAUACGGACAGAAAAGCCUACAUCCAUUUCAGGCAGCAGCAGUGGGCAUCAGGUGUGAUUGCCAUUUCUUGGCUCUUGCAUAGUCACAUGGCACGUGUAAAAAAGGCCCUGAAGGAAUCACGUCAGAGACACCUGGAGAAUUUUUACAUCAGGGCCAAGCAUCUGGCAGCCAACUGGAAUCGCAUCAGGACCUCCAGGAGGACUAUUAUCCAUAUCCCAUCAUUAGGGUAUUCCCAAUGCAUUCGUGAGACUGCUCCUGAUUUUGCUCUUCAGCAGAAUUUGCAGAUGGGGAGGCUGUGUGACAUACUAGAUGCCAACGUUGACGUCAUCUACAUCUGCCCCCUUCAUCUGAGUGAGGAGUUACUGCAGUAUUACAAUAAACUCCUGGGUCUGCAGGCAGCUGUUAGAUCUGGGAACCCUGAGGACAUGGGUGACCUGCAGGACAGGUUCAAAAUUCUCGCCCCUGAAGCUAUAAACAGCUUCCCAGGCCAUCACAUGUGCCUGGCCACUCAGCUGAAGUACAGUCCCAAGACAAUCAAAAGAAUAAAAAAUCUUAUCCAAGGCAAAGAAGCCUACAUCAUUGGUGGACUUCCUCACAAAGAUGAUUUAGCAGUGGCUGACAUGUUAAAUGUGCCCAUAUUGGGCUCUGAGCCAGAAGUAGCUCAUCUCUAUAGAACUAAGUCCGGAAGUAAAAGAAUCUUUGCUAGUGCUUGUGUGCCAACACCUCCAGGAGAAUAUGACAUCUAUAACCAUCAACAGAUGUUUGAAGUUCUGAGUCAGCUGAUCAUAGAUAACUUGGGAGUGAGACGUUGGUUGUUUAAAGUGGACAAUGAAUUUGGAGGAAACGGCACUGCAUAUUGUGACAUUGCCAGGCACCUGAAAUGCUACCACUGGGCCCAGAAGGAAUGUCAGAGAUACAAGACUGAGAUGUGGAGGAAGAAAUGGGCACAUGAGCCAGCUUUGGUGAAGAUCUCCCAGGAGCUCCCGGGCCUUUUAGCACAGCACGCACAGCCAGUCAAUGAGAAACGAUUUCCUACAUGGGAAAAAUUUCUCCAAACAUUUCUUAGUCAAGGUGGUGUGAUAGAAGCCUUUCCACCCUCAGAAAAUGUCACCAACCUUACAGUGGAUAUGUUGAUAGAGCCAAUGGGAGACAUAAAGAUAGUUUCAUCCGGAGAUCAGAUCCACGCAGAUGGUCCUUUGCAAUCAUCUGGCACCACUGUUCCACAGUGUUCAGUUGAUCCAGCAGUUCUUAAUUCAUUAUGUUUAAAAAUUGGAGAGGCCUGCAAAUCUAGAGGGGUGCUUGGCUACUUCUCAGUUGAUCUUGUAACUUUCAUCCACCCACAAACAAUGGAGCAGCAGGUGUGGGUAACAGACCUUGACCUUUGCUAUAGUGACCAGCUGGCCUUCACUCAGCUCAUGUUGUAUGUGACAAAUGGCAAUCUAGAUGGGUGCUCUAGCCACUUUGAAGUGCCACUUACGUGGAAGAAGACGAAAAGUCAAAGUGUUCAGAGUGAGGAGGCAGAAACUCCGUCUCCAGUAAGCAACCGCUAUGCAGUAAUGAGCAGUCAGCUGAGGCACUCCAACCUUUCAGUAAUUUACUAUAGUGUUCUCCUCCAAAUAUGUAAGGCUCAUGGCAUUGGAUUUGAUGUCCAGGAAAAACAAGGAACAAUUUUUAUACUGUAUGAAGAUCGCAAGCGGUACAGAUUGGGAAUGAUAACAAUCGGAGAGGAUCUCCAGGGGGUCCUCAUGACCUUUGCUCACAAUCUCUUCAUCAUCCAUCAAGAAAUAUCAGCACCUAAUAUGCAAGGCGAGACCAAUUUUAAGAGAGCAGUUCAAGAUAUUGAAGCAAUUCUUGGAAUUACAGCAGAAAACAAACUGAAAUUUAAAGAGGAAUCCUCCAAAGAAGAUGCUUCCCAAGAAUAGUUGACAGAAAUUUUAAAACUUUUUCUUUAAGCCUCUAGGAAAAACUCUCUCAUUCUCAGGAAUGCAGGAAAGAAAUAAGUUACAAGUUUUGUUGUUCUUGUCUAUUAAUAAUUAAAUUAAUAUUAGCUUAGACUGGAAAUUUUAAUGAUUACUGAGUGAGCUUAAAUGAUUAGUAAAAUAGUAACUAAAAUAUCCCUGGCGGUGCAAAAGGAAAUCUUGGUGAAGAACAGAGGAACAAAAUAAACAUCGUCCAUUUUCUUAUCCCUGUCCGCCAACUUCAUAUCAUCAAUACUGUAGUACAGCAUGUAUUUUUCAAACCUUAUUCAUAGACUCAUAGUUUUAGAAGUCAGAAGGCACCAUAAUGAUCUUCUAGUCUGACCUGCGUAGCACAGACCAUACAAUUUCACCAAAUCAUUCCUGCAUCAAGCCCAUAACUUCUGACGCCAGCUGGAGCAUCUCUUUUAGAAAUUUAUCCAGUCUUGAUUUGAAGGCCACAGGUGGCAAAGAAUCCAGCACAUUCCUAGGUAAAUUGUUCCAAUGGGUAAUGACCCUCACUGUUAAAAAUCUGUGCCUUAUUUCUAAUCUGAAUCUGUCUAGCUUCAGCUUCCAGCAGUGGGAUCUUGUUAUGCCCUGCUAAAUUAAAGAGUACCCUACUAUGAGAAAACUCUCCAUGGAGAUCGUUAUAAACUCUGAUCAAGUCACAUCUUAACCUUUUUUUUUACAUAAACUCAAUAGACUGAUUUCAGCGUAGCAGCCGUGUUAGUCUGUAUCUGCAAAAAGAACAGGAGGACUUGUGGAACGUUAGAGACUAACCAAUUUAUUUGAGCAUAAGCUUUUGUGAGCUACAGCCCACUUCAUCGGAUGCAUGCAGUGGAAAAUACAGUAGGACAAUUUUAUAUACAUAGAGAACAUGAAACAAUGGGUGUUACCAUACACAACGUCACGAGAGUGAUCAGUUAAGGUGAGCUAAUACCAGCAGGAGAGAAAAAAAACCUUUGUAGUGAUAAUCAAGAUGGGCCAUUUCCAGGAGUUGACCAGAACAUGUGAGGAACAGUAGGGGGGAAAAAUAAACAUGGGGAAAUAGUUUUACCUUGUGUAAUGACCCAUCCACUCCCAGUCUCUAUUCAAGCCUAAUUUAAUGGUAUCCAGUUUCCAAAUUAAUUCCAAUUCAGCAGUCUCUCGUUGGAGUCUGGUUUUGAAAUUUUUUUGUUGUAAUAUUGCGACUUUUAGGGCUGUAAUCGAGUGACCAGAGAGAUUGAACUGUUCACAACAACCAUUGUUUCAUGUCCAAUGUGUAUAUAAAAUCGUCCUACUGUAUUUUCCACUGCAUGCAUCCGAUGAAGUGGGCUGUAGCCCACAAAAGCUUAUGCUCAAAUAAAUUUGUUAGUCUCUAAGGUGCCACAAGUCCUCCUGUUCUUUUUUCAAUAGACUGAGCUUCUUCAAUCUCCCACAGUAAGGCGGGUUCUCUGAUCCUUAACUUUUUUUUUGUACCUCUUUUCUGAAUUCUUUGUAAUUCAUCAACAUCCUUUUUAAAGUGUGGAUACCACAUCCAGGUGCAGUAGUCUAGUAAUGAUAUCACCAAUGCUGUAUACAGCGGUCAUACCACUUUCUUAACUGUAUCUCUGCUUAUAUAUCAAAGGCUUGUGUUUGCACUCUAGCCACCACAUUACACUAGGAGCUCAUGUUCAGUUGGUUAUCCACCAUGACCCCUAAAUCCCUUUCAGAGUUAUUGCUUUCCAAAAUACAGUCCCCCAUUCUGGAAGCAUGACCGGUGUUCUUUGUUCCUAGACAUGUGACCUUGCAGCUGGCUAUAUUGAAAUUUGUGUUUGUUCAGGUGGGCCCAGUUUAUCAAGAGAUCCAGGUUGUUCUGCAGCACUGACCUACCUAUAUUGUUGUUUAACGCUCCACCAGUUUUUGUAUGAGCUGAAAACUUUACCAGCAGUGAUUUUAUAUUUUCUUCCAGGUCAUUGAUAAUUACACUGAAUAGCUUUGGUCCAAGAACAGAUCCUUGUGGGAUCCCACUAAAAACAUCCCCAUUGGAUGAUGGUUCCCCAUUUAUAAUUAAUUGUUUAUAUCAAUCAGUUAGCUAGUUUUUAAUCAUUUUAAUAUGUUCUGUGUUGAUUUUGUAAUAGUGCUAACUUUUUAAUCAAAAUUCUGUGUGGUAUUCAGUUAUAUGCCAUAUAUUAUAUGCAUAUAAAUGCCAUUAUAUUAGCACAGCUGCCUUUGUCAACCAAACUUGUAAUCUCAUUGAUAAAAGAUAUAUUUAUUUGACAAGAUCUAUUUUCCACAAAACCAUGUUGAUUAGCAUUAAUUAUGCUACCAUCUUUUAAUUCUUUAUUGACUGCAUCCCAUAUCAGCCUUUCAGUGAGUUUCCCUGGGAUCCAUGUCAAGCUAACUGGCCAAUAGUAACCCGUGUAAUCACAUUUAACCUUUUUAAUAUCACCACAUUCACUUUUUUUCAGUCUUCUAGAAUUCCUCAGCUUUCCAGAUUUGUUAAAAUAUAAUGUUUUCCUCUCUUUGUUUUGGAGGAUUCUUUUGCUGCCCCAUUUGUAAAUUGUGAAAAGAAGGUUUUGUACACUCAGAAAUGGUUUGUGUAAGUAAUAUAGAUGGUAAAAUCACUUUUUCUUUCCUAUGCGUUUGUUAGCAUCAGAUUACUUGUCAUUUGCUGUCUUCAGGACAGGAAGGCAAUGGAAAGGGGAAGACCAGUCUCUCCAACCAAGGCUGUAAUAUUUAUCUUGCUGGAAGAUUAUGCUCUUGCUUUAAGUUACAAUUUAUUUCUUCCUGCAGAUUGAAUGCAUUAUCUCCUGAACAUGCCAAGUCUCUACCAUCCUACAGCUAAAAAAUCUCAAGCAAAUACCAAAGCCAGGGUUUGCCAGUCAGUAAUGAAAUUCACUAUGGAACUACAGUGUACAGUGCCUUUCUUUUUCAAAGACUGAUUUAACUGAAAUACUCAAGUGCCAUUCACGAGCCACAGAUCUGUUAACUCUGCAUAAACUUCUGAUCAGCCUCUGUAUUCUCCACAGUGGUUGAAGAAAUAAAAAUAGAAGUGAGAACUGUAAUAAGAUAUGUUGAUUUAUUCUUCAAAUAAAAUAUAAAUGUAUAUAUUU